GCCCACAUUUUACUCCCAUGUGCUUCUAAGCGCUUCUAAGUGUGAAUUGUGAACGAUUGUGAAUGAGCUUUUGUUUUUAUAAACGAAACUACUCCGGUUCGCAGCUAUCGAGCUGAUUUGAUCAAAAUCAAACCAUGGACACAGCAAAAGUAGAAGCAAAGAUUCUUGACGUACUGAAGAGUGCCCCUAAUGGCAUUGAUGAGAAAGCCCGCAAGCAGUUAUUUGAAGAUUGCGAUAGUAGCAACAUUUUGACUAUUUUCAAUGGCUUAUUGGCCCAGGGCAAAAUUGAAAUUUUAGCAGAUGAACAUAAGAAUCUGAUCUACAAACUGAAAGAAGCCAACCUCAUUCCAGGACUCGAGAAAAUUGAGGAUCAAAUUGUUUAUGAUCACAUUGCACGUUCAGGAGACCAAGGUAUCUGGAUUCGGGAUAUCCGAACCAAGACAAAUCUACCGAAUCACACAUUAAACAAAAUACUGAAACAACUGGAGUCCAAAAAAUUGGUUAAAUCCGUCAAGAGUGUGCUGGCUGGCAAAAGGAAAGUAUACAUGCUGUAUGAUGUAGAGCCAGACAGCCGAGUCACUGGUGGCACCUUUUAUCAAGAGCAAGAGUUUGAUGUUGAAUUCACUGAUCUCCUCACUCAAGAAACUCUGAAAUUCCUUACUGCGAAGGCUGAAAGUGUUGCCAAAAUGGAAAUUGGGCCUCUAGAAAUUCUCACACGUUCCUUUGUGACAAUCUCGGAGAUACUGAAAUUCAUUUGUAGACUACAAAUUUUCAAUGUUCAAAUCAAAGAGAAUGACAUACAAAAAAUCUUACAGUGUCUAAGUUUUGAUGGAAAAAUUGAAUGCUCAUCAAAGGUUGAACCAAGUGGAGUGACUGUAGAAUGCUUCAGAGCAGUUGCCCCUCUAAUUAGCACGCCUAGCAUUGUGAGAAUGCCCUGUGGAGCAUGCCCUCUUUCAGAAAAGUGCUCUCUGACUGGAAGGAUAACUCCUAGCAAUUGCAAAUAUUUCACAGAUUGGCUGCAUUUGGAUCCCAACGAGUUGAUGUAAUCAAUGCUCACAUCGAGAAUAUUGUUAUAAAGAAAAAAAUAAAAUGUAUAAUUACAUAGUA